AUGGGGAAGGCCGCAAGGGCAGCAGGAGAGACGCCUCUCCGCCGCCGCGCUGGCCUCCCGGAGGAGAUCAUCUUCUCGAAUAUCCUUGUGCGCCUCCCCCCGAAGUCCCUCCUCUGCUGUCGUGCCGUCUGCCGUGCAUGGCGCCGCGCCACCUCCAAGCGCCGCUUCCUCCUCGCUCACCACACCCACCAGCCUGCCCACCCCGUCUUCCUCGCCGGCGAAGAGAUCUUCGGCGUCCCCUGCCAUAACAUCCGCGCCUUCGACCAUCGGGCCAAUGAUGUCCAGACCGUUGCCCAGCUUGACGAGGCCUUUGAUCUGGAGGCCUCCUGCGACGGCCUCCUCGUCCUCUCCAAGUUCGACUACACUGCUCGCUUUCGCAGCUUCUCCGUCUGCAACCCGGCCACGCGUGAGCAUGCCCCACUCAGGUGUCCACCGUGGGACUUCCACAUCGUGGGGAUGUAUGCCCACCGACCCACCGGCGAGUACAGGCUGAUACUGCAACGGACAAUCGACAUGAAGUUGUCUGAAGGCCAAAUUGGCUGCUAUGUCUUUCUGUUGGGCUCCGACCAGCCACCGAGGUACAUCGGGUGGCCGGAGACAGGGUCGUGGACCUUCGACGUACCUGUCCGAGUGGAUGAUAGCUUGCAUUGGUACUCACAGUUUUAUCUGGGUAAAAGCAACCCACCGCAGCAUCAGAGGGACAACACACCGGUAAUAGUAUUUGACACCAUAGAUGAGUCGUUCCGGCUGAUGCAUGAUCCAGUUGUUUCCACCCAGGCAACUAUCUUUGACAUGGAUGGCACGCUCGGCAUCUACAGGCGUAACUAUGAGAUUAAACAAAUUGAUGUGGAUCCCUUUAUGAAAGAAAAAGAAACUAUUGGUAUAUGGGUGCUGCGGAACUACGAAAGUGAGGUUUGGGACAAAAAGUACAGAAUCAAAUUGCCACUUGCAGAAAUACGGGAUGAUUUUGGGAACCACGAUGAUUAUUGUUUGGAAGUUGUUUCUGGGGAUGGUGACGUGUUCAUGCUGCUCCUUCUUGGUCGGUAUCUGAUUCGUGUUGACAGCAAUGGAAAAUUGCUUGAAAAUUCCAACAUCGGUCGAGAAAACCCCCGUAUGACUAAAUGGCUGCUCAAGCAAAGUCUUGUUCAGCAUACAUUCUUUCCGGCUCUAGAAGGUUAUGCUGUGAAUGGUUCACCUUGGUUGCCCAAACUUACGCAUCUCUAA